AUGGCCAACUACAGCCCGGGGCUGAAUGGCAUCGUCAUCGGCCUCCUGUCGUCCUUCGGGUCGGCAAUCCUGAUCCUUACCAUAUUCCUAGUCUUCUACUUCUUCCGAUACACAGCGUCCGGACGCAUAUUCCUCGACCGCAUUGGUCGACCCGGCGAGUACGAUGACGAGCAGGCCUUUGCGCGCGAGGAGGCCGAGGCCCUGGAGACCAUGGAUGAUAUGGAGAGGACCGAAUAUCUCAGGGCCAAGGUUUUCAUUGCCGCAAAUCCUCCCGAGUCCGUGCAAACUGAUAUCUCAUUAUCACAAUAUUUGGCCAUCCAGGAGAAGGGCGUUUCCGCGUGGGAGUUUGAACCAGAGCUGGAAAUCGCCAACUGCUUCGUGGAGGCCAGGACCGAAAUCGAGUUCUUCGAUUCUGAGUGCACCGUUAUGAGCAACCUACCCGUCCCGAAACAAAACGACGUUUACUACUGGGAAGCAAAGAUCUAUGAAAAGCCCGACAACACCUUGUUGAGCAUAGGAAUGGCCACCAAACCUUAUCCGCUCUUCAGGUUACCAGUAGGCUUCCACAAGUCCUCGGUUGCUUAUAUUUCAAAUGGCACCCGCCGCCACAACCAACCCUUCUACGGAACACCCUAUGGCCCCCAGAUCGUCCAGGGUGACGUUAUUGGCGUCGGCUACCGGCCUCGGACCGGGACUAUCUUCUUCACUCGAAACGGCAAAAAGUUGGAGGACGCGAUGCACGGUCUGAAAUCACAGAACUUUUUCCCAUCAAUUGGUGCAAACGGGCCGUGUAUUGUGCACGUCAACUUUGGCCAGGCCGGCUUCGUCUUCAUCGAGGCCAACGUAAAGAAAUGGGGUCUUGCCCCUAUGACGGGUUCGUUGGCGCCGCCUCCGCCUUAUGGCGUUGAGGCCGAUACCGUUCUCCUUGCGACGGGUACAAAGGACGGCUUCACAAGUUCACCGGCUCGCGGCCACCAGUACAGCCACUCCGCUCAAUUAUACAGGCAGGGCCCCAACGCCUCAGAUCGGGGCCACACCCGUUCUAGGUCGGGUAACUUCCGGAUGCUUUCGCCCACAAGUCCAGGGCCGCUUCGCAGCCCCACCGAUAUCUCCCUCGCCCACCUAGUACCAACCGAUGACGACGGUGAACCCAGCGGCAGUGCUUCAUCGCUCGGCAACACCAACCAAGAUCAGGGCCACCAGCCAACCGUCCUCGGGUUUGGCCUACACCAUCAAGAUAACCGGCCACCCCCGGAAUACACGAGCCCCGAACACUCCGAUGCCGAAGAGCCCAGCAGCCAGAGACACAGCAGCGACAGCGAAAAUGCGCCCUUGAUCCGUCUGACUAGAAGCCGCGGGGCGUCGUCAGCUACGGUCAGGAGUAACAAUAACAGAUCAACCCCGCCCCAGGCUCGGGGCCCGCCAAGCCCUCCUAUUCCUACAUACCAAGAUGCGAUCCGGCAAGGGGCUGGGAGAGAUAGGAGCGAUAGUGCCCGGAGCGGAAGAAGCGCGAGGGGGGCGAGGUAA